UUCUUAUCUUAUAAUCCAUUUUUUCUUUAUCUAUAUAAUGCCCGCUAAUGUCACUCAACUAGCACACAUUCAAUUCUUUUCAACAUGGCAAAUUGUGUCUCCAACUUGCAAAUUGAAGCAGUCCAAACAGUGAUGCCAAACAAGCCAACUGAUCCAAGGCUAUCGCAAAGAGUUUUCAUUAGUGAAAAUCCUGACUCAGGCAAAUUUCAAAGGCGUUUUCACAUGGUGCUUUUCUAUAACAAGGCGUCAGAGACGGAUUCAGGAUGGAUGGUGGCCGGGUGGAUUAGGGAGUCACUAGGAAUGGCACUUGUUGAAAAACCAUUACUUGCUGGUAGACUUAGAAGUAAAGCUGGAGAAAUUAAUAAUGAUAAUGGAGAUCAAUUUGAAAUUGUGUCAAAUGAUUCUGGUGUUAGAAUGAUUGAAGCUAAAAUGCCAAUGGAUUUGGAUGAUUUUCUUCAUCUUAAGGACAAGACAAAUGUUGAAGCUGAGCUUGUCUUUUGGGAUGAUGUUCAUGAACAAAAUCCUCAGUAUUCACCUCUUUUCUAUGUCCAGGUGACAAAUUUCAAGUGUGGGAGAUACUCAAUAGGGAUAAGUUGCAGCCUUUUGAUAGGAGAUCCUUAUGGCAUGACUAGUUUCUUGAAUAGAUGGUCCAAAAUCCACGUCAACAUGGUAUCAGAGGCAGGCGCACCCAAUAUUCCCACAUUUUUCCUACCAAAUCUUAGGAAAAUUGGAUGUUCACCAACUUUAUACUCGACCUCAAACACAAGUAAUUACCAUGUUAAUGACACGUUAAUCUUUAAACUACCCUCCAAGUUCUUGAACUUAAGAGACGACAGUCUUGCAGAAAAAUAUGUUGAAGGGGUAGAACACAAAUUUGGUAAAAAAUUAUCUACAAAAUUGUGUUUGUUUGUUAGAGAAAACUCAGAAGAUGUUAAGGUGGAAACAUUUUCCAGAGAAGGGAUUUCCCCAUUUGGUUCAAUUAAUUAUACUGGAUUAAUUUCAGCUAGUUGGGAUGAUUUGGGAUUAAUUGAUAGCAUAAGGUUUAAUGAAGAAAAUAAGGCUGUUUACUUUUCAUGUUGGAUAAUUAAUCCAGGAAAUGAAGAUCUUGUAUUGAUUACUCCAUCUUUUAAUGGUGAUGGAAAGAAUGUUAUUGUUACUGUGAGAUGCUAAUCUUACCAUAGGGAGUGUUUUACUAUUUUAUUAGAUUACUUGACACGAAUCAGAAUUAGUCGAGCCAGCAGAUAUAUGUAUAUAAGAAAAGAUAUUGUGUGCUUGUUUUUUCUUAGAUUUUUCAUAUUACUCCUAGAUAUGACGUUGUUGUUGUUACUGUAUGAUUUAUCAUGAGCGUGAUUUUAGAAAAUAUAUUGAUUUCUCUUUCAUUUUA